UCUUACGGUUGGUUUGUGAACUGCAAAAUCCACAAAGAAGAGGGAAGCGUCUGCUGCGCCCCUGGGUCGUUUUAAAUUUGCCUUUAAAACAUCACCGAAACCUUAAACAUCGUAAACUUAAACAACCGCUAGCUAUGGCAGAGGGAGACAACAAAAGCGCCAACGUACUCGCCCAGGAGACGGCCCAGCUGGAGGAGCAGCUGCAGGGCUGGGGAGAGGUUAUCCUGGCCGGGGACCAGGUCCUGCGCUGGAAGAAACCAUGGUUCCCUGGAGCCCUGAUGGCAGCCACCACACUGGUCUUCAUGAUGAUCUACUACCUGGACCCCUCGGUGCUGACCGGCCUGUCUUGCACUGUCAUGCUGCUGUGUCUGUUUGACUACCUGGUGCCUACCCUCGCACCCCGCAUCUUCGGAUCCAACAAGUGGUCUUCAGAGCAGCAGCAGCGUUUCCAUGAGAUCUGUGGUAACCUGGUGAAGACUCAGCGUCGCAUCCUGGGCUGGUGGAAAAGACUCUUCUCGCUCAAGGAGGAGAAACCCAAGAUGUACUUUGCGUCGGUGAUCAGCAGUCUGGUGGCGGUGGCCUGGAUGGGACAGCAAGUCCACAACCUUUUCCUCACCUACCUGAUCGUGAGUUUCCUGCUCCUGCUUCCUGGUCUGAACCAGCAUGGCGUCAUAAGCAAGUAUGCUGGCAUGGCCAAGAGAGAGAUCAACAAACUGCUGAAACAGAAGGAAAAGAAGAACGAGUAGGAAGAAAGAGGAGGAGAAGAAGGGAUCUGUGAGAUGAGACGAACGAGAGAGAAGAAGAAAAUGAGAGGAAGGAGAAACCCGUAGAUCAAACAUAAAAGAAAAGAAGCUUCAACUAAGUACUUCUGUACUUCCUCAGUCUGCUCAGAUCAACUCUACACACGCCCUCUCCCCCCUUGACCUGUCACCUAACCAACCAAUCACCUGGCGGGAUAUGUUUUUCAACAGGAAGUGUUUUUCCACCUAUCCUCCCACGCAUGCAGUCAUUCGCCACGUCGGUCAAGGCUUAAGUUCACGAGUAGACCACACUGAAACAUUACAACGCACACAUAUGAACCCCCCCCCCCCCCCCCCCCACACACACACAUGGAGGUGGCCCCCCGCUGUGUCUGUCUCUAGAUCCUAUAUGAAGGUGUUUAAGAUGCCAGUCACUUAUUAUUGCUUUUGAAGUCCGAGGAAAGACUACUGAACAGAAACCUCUAGCAAUAUUAUUAUCCAACACCCCACACAUAUAAUACCAUCACAAUACAAUAUAUAAUCAAACUCAAUCUCCCAGUGAGGAUGGUUAGUUUAAUGGACAUACUGAUGGUAGGUAGUGUCAGUAAUUAUAUCUCCCAGUGAGGAUGGUUAGUGUAAUGGACAUACUGAUGGUAGGUCGUGUCAGUAUUGUUUCAGGAGGCUGGGACACCGCUGCUGUUGUUGUUUCUGCCAUCGUUCCUUUACCUUUCAGAUUCCUGCUUCUGUCUGUCUUUUAAGAUUGCACUGAAACCGUAGCAGAAACUGGAGUUUAGAGUAGAGAAGCAGACCUAGGUGACGUCCCACGUGGCACCCUAUUCCCUAUGUAGUGCAAUGCACCUAUAGGCCCUGGUCAAGAGUAGUGCACUGUCUAGGGAAUAGGGUGCCAUUUGUGACUCAAGCCUAGUCUGGUGACAUUUGGAAUAUAUAAUUCUGGGUCUGUGUCUGAAAUGGCACCCUAUUCCCUAUGUAGUGCACUACCCCUAUAGGCCCUGGUCAACAGUAGUGCACUAUCUAGAGAAUAGGGUGCUAUUUAAGACGCCGCCCUGGUGUGAGCUGACACUGGUUCAGAGGCACAGACCUAGGAUCAGCGUAACCUGCCCCCUACCCUGACCUUACUGUCUAGUCCAGGUGAUCUUUAUCCUAGUAGUCCCACUGCUGUAACGCUGCUAGCUGGACCUGCUAGAGUCCUUUAUCUGUCCCGCUAUCCCUGUCUCACGACAGUCUAAACCCAGCUCACGUUCCCUAUUAGUGGGUGAACAAUCCAACGCUUGAUGAAAUCUACUAAUAACGCUGUUAGCUGGACCUGCUAGAGUCCUUUAUCUGUCCCUUUAUCCCUCUCUCUCUGGUUGGGGGGCCUGUGAUUGUAAAUACGCCAAUCCUCUUCCUAUCUUUAUCUCUGUCUUGUCUGUGUUAUAUUCUUUACCUACUAUCUCGCUGUUCCUCUCCUCCAUUUCAUCUGCUGUUUUGAGUUCUCUACAAACAAUGAAUAAAGUCUGAUUUAAAUGGA